AUGAGUCGACCUGGAAAGCUAGCCCCCGAAGUCAACAGAGCUCUAUUCGUCAAGAAUCUCAACUACAACGUAACCCCCGAGGACUUGUUCGACCUCUUUGGCAAGUUUGGACCUGUCCGCCAAAUACGCCAGGGAAUUGCCAAUAACACCAAGGGCACCGCAUUUGUCGUUUACGAGGAUGUCAUGGAUGCCAAACAGGCUUGCGACAAGCUGAAUGGGUUCAAUUUUCAGAAUCGUUACCUUGUCGUCUUAUAUCAUCAGCCAGAGAAGAUGGCCAAGUCGAGUAACGACCUCGCCGAGCGUCAGCAAAAUCUAGAAGCUCUCAAACGUCAACACGGUAUUGAUUAG